AUGGCCACCCUACCCGACCCCAGCGACAAGGGUGCCGCGCCUGCGACCGCCGACGUACCUCCUACCGAAACCCCGCAGAACCAGGCCACCGUGCAGACUAAGGACGAUGACGAGGACUCGGACUUUGAUGAACUAGACGACGUGCUCGAUGAUUUCUCCAAGCCCAAAGCUCAACCUGCACCCCCGGCUGCACUAGCCGAUGCAAGCGGCGCCGGAGCGGUCCCGGCAGACUUUGACGAAGAUGCCUUCCUGAAGCAGCUGGAACGCGACAUGGCCAACAUGAUGGGCAAUUCCGGUGCCGGGGCUGAGGGCGAAGCGGGAGCUGGAGCUGGACCAAAUGGUGCCGCCGCAAACCCCGACUUCCAAAAUUUCCAACAAUCGAUCGACCAAGGCGCCGAUGCCUUUGCCAAACAGCUCGAGGAGAGUGGAAUUCCGCCGGGUGAUUUCUUGAAACAGCUCCUCGCAGAUGUGAUGGCCGAGGAGGGCGGCAAUAGUGCUGGAUCAAGUGGUGCCACACCUGCACCCGUGCCGGCUGCACCUUCAACCACCGGUGCGAACUCGGGUGCCAACUCGGGUGCCAACUCCGAGCAACCUGCCGAAUCCUUCAAUGAGGCCAUUCAACGUACCAUGGAGCGGAUGAAGGAUUCGGGCAACCGUGCCACCGAGGCCGCAUCUACCGACGAUGGGCUAUCAGACGAUAUGCUGGCACAGUUGUUGAAAGCUGUAGAGGCUGGUGCCUCGGGUGGUGGAGAGGAUGGCGAUCUCACAAAAAUGUUCAUGGGUAUGAUGGAACAGCUUUCGAACAAGGAGAUGCUGUACGAGCCCAUGAAGGAGCUGGAUGGCAAAUUCGGUCCCUGGAUCGAGAAGAACAAAGCCGAGGGCAAGGUCCCCGCGGAGGACAUGACGCGCUACGAGACUCAAGCACGGGUGGUGAAGCAGAUAGUGCAAAAGUUCGAGGAGCCAGGAUACUCGGAUGAGGACCCAAAGUGUCGGGAGUACGUUUGGGAGCGAAUGCAAGAGAUGCAAGCCGCUGGUAGCCCGCCCGAAGAGCUUAUUUCCAAUCCGCUGAUGGGUGAACUGGGAGGCGCCGCCGCCGGCGCCAUGCCUGAGGGGAUGCCCGACUGCCCGCAACAAUAA